GCCAUCGCAGAGCAACCAGCAGCCACCUUCCCUCUGUCCGCCGGCGAUAAAGCUUCCCAUGCCCCAAAACAUCUUCCUCACCGACCCAUCACACCUCCCUCGUCCCUCGGAUCCCUGUUCUUCCUCAUGCAUCUUUGGCUUUUUCUCUCUCUCAUCUCCCGGAUUUCCCUCAAAAACAGGCGGCAGCCAUCUCUCACCUUCUCUCCCCUGUGCAGCCCCUUCUUUUCUGCAGAUCCUCGAGCUCGCCUUCCUUUUCCCAUCGCAGAGCAACCAGCAGCCAUCUAAAAAGGCCGCUGGCGAUUCUCCUUCCUCAAUUCCAUACUUUCCGAUCUCAUCAUCUCCAACUCCCUUCCAUGUCAAACCCACCUUCCGAGCUAUUUCUACAGUCCAGCAUCAUUGCGCCGGCUAGUGAACAACAGAAUGGAAGAAAGGGAAACCCGAUCUGCAAAUCGAUGAUGGUGGUGAUGUUUUACGCGCGAUGGCGGUGACUAUCGGAGAACAGCAACUCAACAGUUUGUACUUGAACUGGCCGGAGGACUCAUGUGCAAUCGAAAAGUCAGUCCACGUGCUUGAAAAGAGACGAGGCCUCCUCUUGCAAUCGGCCCAAAAAAACCCUCACCAUCGGGCCUUCCGAAGCAGAUGAGGAAUUGGAUUGGGUAAGGUUUGGGUCCAUUUUUGUCAUAGAGUUAGGCUUGGUUUUGGAUAGAAGAAGAGGGUUUUUCUGAGCAGUAUAAAUAGAUCUUUAGACAAGGGUUUUGGGAGGUCUUUUUGGUUUUGAGUUGGGUAUUGAGAACGGCGGCAGAAAGGAGAGGAGUUCUGCUAGAGGGAGCUGGUGAUUUGGGAGAAGGUUUGGGUCAACCUUUGUAGGUAAUUUUCUGAACAGAGAAGUUUUCUGGGAACGGCGGUGAAGGGGACGAUGGGAGCCUGGUCUGGUGGGUGGGAUCCCUCCCAUCAGAUCUGGAUCUACUUUUCCUAAAAAAACUCUGCCGUGGGUGUGUUCUUUGUCUGCUGAUUGUUUUUUUUUUUUUGUAUUUUUCAUUCAACGUUUAAGCUUGUAUGUGCUUACUGAGAAAUGACUGAGAAAUCAAAGAUUGCCCAGUUC